CACCGCUCAACUCCAUAAGUAAGGCUGAAAUCAAUUAUGAGUGGAAGUUCAGCAGUGAGGAGACUGCUGCCUGUCUCAAGGAAGCAGUUGAGGAGAUCGUGGAGGUACAUCAACGCUGCAGUCUCACCAGUCCACUUCAAUAAUCCGUCACCUCUCCUGGAGGAGCAGAGUAGAGGACUGAGAGUGAGGUCAUUCCACUGCAGUGCUCCAGGUCCAGCCACUACUGGGGCUCAGGGACGACCCAGGAGUGAUCGGGACGACCUCCCAAUGUCUCUGGACCACUUCCGCAAACCUAGUCAACCUGCUGCCGGGACCACUGGCCAUCAGGAGGAUGGAUGGUGUGAUGGAUACACUCUGCCUCACCCUGUGUGGAGUGAGGAGGAAUUGAACUCUGUCCAGAUCACUCACACUCCUCCAGAGAAACCUGUUGACACGGCUGCCUAUUACUCUGUGCAGAUGCUGAGGACGGGGUUUGAUCUGUUGUCUGGGUAUUCGUGGGGCAAGAGGUUUGGUACACUGGAUGAGAAGAUGUGGCUGUCAAGAAUCAUCUAUCUUGAGACAGUGGCCGGAGUACCA